AGUUGCUGCAGGACAUCUGGGAUUUAGAGCAAGCUCAAAUGUCCAGAUACCAUAAAUAAUCCCGGGUUUCAUUCUUGCAUUUUUUGCAUUAUCUGGUACUUCUCGGUUGUAAGAUGCUCCUUUCGAGUGGAGCAGAGUUCAUAACAUCCUACCGGUGGUCUUCACCGCUGCCUCGCGCUCCCACUUUGACCAGAGUUGGCGUCUUCCCAGCAAGAGUCUGGCUGGAUGGUGGUUCCUGGACGUACUGGCUGGUGGCACCGGUCCACAGCCCAAGGGAAGGGCCAUUCGCUCAGCGCCGGUCAGGAAGCGGCGGGGAUGUGUGUGAAGGGAGAGCUGCUGGCACCGCGGGAAUAUCAAAAUGUGGCCACCAACGGCGUCAUCUCCACCCAGGUCCCACCCCUGGAGACUCAGUACGUGGACAGCGGCUUUCCCCUUGCCUUCGCAGUUAUUGCGCCAUUCCUGGCUGACCUCGACACCAGCCGGGGGAGAGGGACCGUCUACUAUCGCAUGGAGGACACAUGGUGUAUCUUGCAGCGGGUCGCGAAGGAGGUCCGGAGGGGCUUCCCCGAGGCCCAGUUCAUGCCCUCCCAUGCUGCCAUUAUCACCUGGGAAGAUGUGGCAUCUUACGAAGAGGUUUCCACCCGCUACAGUGCAUCUAGUAUGUUGAACACAUUUCAGGUGGUAUUAGCCUACAAUGAGACAGAUUCAUACGCAUUGUUCCUGUAUCCAGAGGAUGGAUUGCAGUUCUUUGGGACAAGGCCGAAGAAUCCCCACAGCACUGGCUUGGAAAUCCCAGCCCGGGUGGGAUUUAACAGGGGGGCAGUUCCCGUUCUCAAAAUGUCCCGCAGGGGGGAACUUUAUUACAGUGUGGCCGACGCAGAGCGAUCUCUGAAGGACCUCUACCAGCAGGGAAACGCUGGCUGUCCUGGAGUCUGGAUCUUCCACAUUGGUAGUAGACGGUCUUUCCGGAAUGUGGUCCCUGCAACAGCACCAGCAAGUCAGGAGUCAUCCAGUGUCGACCACAGCAGGAUGGACUGUGCAGAGAAACUGGCCUAUAACUCCCAACACGAAGUCUCGUCCGUCUCAUCACCGCAUCCUCAUCUCCCGUCUAAGGUUUUGCCUUCACUGUUGCCAGAUUUUUUGAGGCAAGAACUCUUCAUCUCCAGUAAGGGUGUGCAUGAGCCUAACGUCCACCUCGGUCAACAUGGUGGGGAGCCUGUCCUCCAUGUUCCAUCUGAUACAUUUAGUGGGGAUGAAGACCUGGACUCAGGGUCUGGAGAAACCACAGAGACGUGUGCCUGGUCCCAGUUUCAUUGCUCACAAGACGGCUACUGCAUGGACUAUCCCACAGGAUGUUGUUGCCACUGUCAGACUGGCUUCUAUGGUAACGGGCAGCAGUGUCUGCCAGAGGGCUUGCCCCAGCGUGUCAGUGGAAAAGUGAGUGGCCUUGUGUUUGUGGGGAACACUCCAGUGAAGCUGGCCAGCGUGGACCUGCACGCCUAUAUCAUGGUAGUGGACGGUCGGAUCCACGCAGCCAUUAGCCGGAUCCCUGAACCAGUCGGAUGGGCCUUGUUACCAGUAGUCCCCACUGGGGCUGUCUUUGGCUGGCUGUUUGCUUUGGAGCAAUUUGACCAUCAGAAUGGUUUCAGCAUCACCGGUGCUGAGUUUACAUGCCACACAGAAGUGAUUUUCUACCCGGGCAACAAGCAUCUCACCAUUGUUCAGGAGGCCCAAGAUCUAGACCCCAAGGGUUACCUCAACAUGGACACCCUUAUAUACGGCGACAUACCUAGUCUGCCACCUGGUAUCAUGGUGAAUAUCAAGCCCUACAAAGAAAUAUACCAUUACCACACAUCAGCGGCAACCUCCAUGUCGGUGCGAGAGUACACAGUUCUGUCACCCGAGGGUGGAUCAGAGACCUUCUCCUAUCAGAUACGUCAGAAUUUGACCUUCCGGCACUGCCCACACGGGCCCUGGAUGAGCCCCGAGAUCCAGCAGCUCAGCACAGAGCUGGUUAUGGUCCUGUAUGAGGAGACGGAGAGAGCACUUCGAUACAUGAUGUUAAGUAAGGUUGGCCCUGUGGAAGAGCUCCAGCUGGUGGAUCCUUGUGUCUCAGAGAACCAUAACUGUCACUCGGAGGCACUCUGCCUCCCCGACCAGGGGCUGCGAUUUCACUGCCAGUGUCCCCUGGGAUACCAUGGGGAUGGGCAUAGCUGUCAUGGCACCAAGAUGCUGGAGUGCAUAGCACCCAACGGGACAGGGAGACGACCGCUCCAAAGGACCCUAAACGACCCCUUCGCUCUGGCGGUCCACGCCGGACACUUCUACUGGACAGACUGGCUCAGGGAUGGCAUCUUGGCGAUGGACCCAAACAGCGGUCAGUCUCCGGAUGAGUACCUGCCUGAUCAGAGGCACCACCCAUAUGGAAUUACUGUGGUCUCUCCUCACUACCUAGCAGGUAAGAGUCUUGCUACAGCCUUUCUGAAAGGCCCAGCCUACUGUGCCCACGCUUACUGCCCACAAGGUGUCGACAGAGAUAUAGAUGGCUUUAAAAGUCCAGCUAAUGAUAUGCUGCUUUUAAGAAAGGAACCAGAAUUUGUACCAUGA